GCGGCGCGGGCCCGCAGCCGGGCGCCCCGUGCAGCCGGCACCAGCGGCUACCGCACCCAGCUGCGCCCGCGAGGACAUGGGGAGCCGCGGCGCGCCCGCCCCCCGUGAGGAUGUGAAUUAUUAAGAAGAAAAAUGGCCCAACGGAGCACUGUAUUUCCUUCUCUUGUCACCAAGGAAAGGUAUAAUAUAUGGAAAAUAUGCAUCUAAGACGUGUUAGGACCAUGCCGCGUCACAGCCAAUCCCUGACCAUGGCACCCUACUCCUCGGUAAGCCUAGUGGAGCAGUUGGAAGAUAGGAUCCUCUGCCACGAGAAAACCACCGCCGCCCUUGUGGAGCAUGCCUUCCGGAUUAAAGAUGACAUUGUCAACAGUUUGCAGAAAAUGCAAAACAAAGGGGGAGGCGACCGCUUGGCCAGGCUUUUCUUGGAGGAGCACAUCAGAAACAUAACGGCCAUCGUGAAGCAGCUUAAUCGGGAUAUUGAGGUACUCCAGGAGCAGAUCCGUGCCCGGGACAACAUUAGCUACGGAACUAAUUCUGCCUUAAAGACUCUGGAGCUGCGUCAGCUCUCCGGUUUGGGAGAUCUUCGAGGGAGAGUGGCAAGAUGUGACGCCAGCAUAGCCAGACUCUCCGCGGAACACAAAACGACCUAUGAGGGGCUCCAACACUUGAACAAGGAACAGCAAGCUGCCAAACUUAUCUUGGAAACGAAAAUCAAAGAUGCAGAGGGACAGAUUUCUCAGCUUUUGAACAGAGUGGACUUGUCAAUAUCAGAGCAAAGCACCAAACUGAAAAUGUCCCACAGAGAUAGUAACCACCAGCUUCAACUUCUGGAUACUAAAUUUAAAGGUACAGUUGAGGAACUCAGUAACCAGAUUUUAUCUGCACGAAAUUGGUUGCAACAGGAACAAGAACGGAUAGAAAAAGAACUUUUACAGAAAAUCGAUCAGCUUUCCUUGGUUGUUAAGGAAAAUAAUGGAGCCAGUGAAAGGGACAUGGAGAAGAAGCUCAGCCAUAUGUCAGCCAGACUUGACAAAAUAGAAGAGAGUCAAAAGAAGCAUAUGGAAGUGCAGAGAACAAAACAAGAAGAGGAGAAGGUGCACGGGCGAAUCAGCAAGCUGGAGUUACAGAUGAGUGAGGACAUGAAGGAAAUGAAAGCAGAAGUUGAUGCUGGAUUUACAGCCAUCUAUGAAAGCAUAGGAUCCCUCAGGCAAGUUCUUGAAGCCAAGAUGAAGCUGGACAAGGACCAGCUACAAAAGCAAAUCCAACAGAUGCAGAAGCCGGAUGCUCCCAUGUGAAGGGACUUGGGACAAGGACCUUAGUGGUGGUUCUGCCAGUGGGGCUGGGAGCUCGAUACGUCUGUAGCCAGGCUGUUGUGGCAUUCGGGAUUGUUCUAGUCAUGGCGUGCAUGUGCCGGGAAAUGUGUAUUCGUAGGUCUAAAUGUUGACCUUGAAUCUUGAAAACACUCUGAAAGUAUUAAGUACAAUUUUGACCACUUUAUUCCACUUCUCUAAGUUCAGAUUUGGAAAGGGUUUUAUCCCCUUCAUGUUAUGAAUGAAAAGACUUAAUUUUCCUUCAAUGCUUGAUGCUCUAGCCAAGAUUUUACAUUUUGAAAAAUGUCAUGGUGAUUUUUUUAAAUUGAGAAACUAAAGAAUUUUCACAGAAAUGUGUUGCUCCUCACCCUAAAAAAGAGAACGUCCUGAUAGAUUAGAAUUCAACCUUUGAGUCCAUAUUUGGAUUUUGUUAUUGUUGUCUGUGCAUUUCUUAUAUUGGUUAUCUUCUUAUAAAUCUUCUGUCUUUUGGAGGGAGAAGGGACUCAACAUUUGGGGAAAAAAACCUCACCACUUAUGUAAUGAAAAUAGUUUAAAAACUGAGAACUGCCAUAUAGAUUACAAAUUAAAAUGGAAACUUACGACAAUUAUUUAGAUAAUGCAAGGCACAAUAUUUACAUCAAUCACCUAGUUAAACCAGGUUUUAAUAUUGAAAACGUUUUUCAAUUAUCCACAGCCUGUUUAGUGAUAGCCAUAUAUUUAAUAAUGAAAUGGUGGUUAAGAGUUUGUUUAUUGCACAAUUAAUUAUUCAUCAAUCAUAAUAGAAUGUAAGAAUUUUUCAGGCUUUUAUGACCUCCUUGCUAAAUGUUUCCAAAAUUAGCACAAAGUGCUAAGGUUUAUAUAUACUUACUGUAUUCUUGUGCCUUGGUUUUAUCACGUCAAUGCACUGUACCCUAUAAAAGUUUUGCAGACAAAAUAGAAGGCAUGAUAAUACAUCAGAAUUAUGAUGUAAAAAUGGGAUCCUAUGUAUUUUUUAAAUUCUAAAAAUUUUAUCACUGUUAAGACAUUAGUCAUUCAGUAUUAUUAACAAAACAGAAAUUCAUACUUUUGUAUGGACAGAGAAUCAAAUUGAUGUUGUAUUUAUAACACUGUCAGGAAAUUUUCAUUUUGAGCAACUUUGGAGACCCUGGGUGUUUUAUUUCCAUUCGCCAUAUUUGAUUAGUCAUUGAAAAUUGGCACCAGUGCUGUUUGUUCACCUAUGUAUGUAAGAACUGAUAGUGAGACACACGCCGUUCUAACCUGUGAGGGUGCCCAGGAGAAAGGAAACAGAAAUACUUUUAAAAUUUUAAAAACUUUUUUGUUGUUGUUUGCUGAGGACUCAGGAAAAAUUAAAGCAUUUUCUAUUUUUAGGAUAAAUCAUAAAUGAAAUAUCUAACUGGCUAUUACUGUUUACCCGUAUAAAAUAUGCUGCUAAAGUACACACUAUCUUACCCUCAAUGGCUUGACAAAAUUGUUUUUUAAUUUGGAACGGAGUAUUCAUUUAAGGAAUAUGUCAUCCGAUAUGUAUUUCCUUAUUUUGUCACGAAUCUUUGCAUCUCUAUAUAGGAAGACUAUUUCCACUAAACAGUAAAAAAAAAAAAAAAAAAAAAAAAAAAAUGGCUAACGCUCUUUUGCAAUCAGAAAGUGAUUUUCUUUUUGUGACAGAGUCACCGUGUUUAGUUCAGUUCUCCAUGUUUAAGCACAAGCCACACAACACAGAGAGCCACGGCCCCUCCAGCAUUGCUCUCCUCUGCAGUCUCUGAAAAGGAAGAAUCAGCACCAGUGACACCUGGGAAGAGGGGAACAGAGGACACCUGCUGGACUCAGGUAGAGGGCGUGAUGUGAGCAGGUGACGCUUGGCUGUCCGCUGAAUUGCUCAGGUGCUUCUGAUGCUGCCAACUCCACAUCAUGAGCUUUGGCAGGGGUUCGCCACCACGGCUACAUGUUGCAAUCCCCUGGGGAGUUCCAAAAGCUACUGGUGCCUGGGCUGCCCCCAGGCCAAUUAAGUCAGAACCUCUGGGAGGUGGGACGCAGGCAUCAGUACGAUCACGGGCCCCUGGGUGAUUCAUGCACUGGGGAGGUUAUGAGCCACCAAGCUACAGUGUACUCUUAUCACCAAAGUUUAAAUGAGAAUCAGCUUCCGUGUUCUUUCCUUU